UUAUGCACUACUUGCAAUAUUUAUUUUGCUGAUAUCUUGCACAAGACUGAUGAUGCCCAAAAAUAGAUUUUUCAUUGACUGUUCUGGCAUUAAUUUUUAUUACGGCUUAAAAAAAAGACUGUCUGGAACCCGGAGAUUGUGAGACGCUUGUCUUGUGUUAGUCUUUUGAGUUUGAAUUAAAAAAAGCUUUUUCUUUGUACAGUUACACAUAAUUUCAAUAAUAAGAGAAGAGAGAAUAAUGACUGGUUCAUCAGUAGAUGAUGAUCGGGGUCCAAGGAGGUCAAGUAAGAAAACGAGCAACACGAUUUUAUUCUUUUUGCACGGUCCUUAAAUCCCUAUUUAAUACAAUAAACCCCCCAACCAAGACUUUUAGUUUCCUUCUUCCCUCUUUUUUUUUAUUUCCUCUCAAAUUAAAAAAAAAUUUAAAAUGAAACAACCGUCGCUGAAAUUUAUUGCACUGAUUGCACUUGUACUAUUGCAGUGUGCAGUACAGGCUCAAGUAUCGGGAGCAGUGGGUGCAGCUUCUAAUCUUGUUGCUCAAGCUGAUACUCAGGUCACGCCUCUUGCCACAACAGAUGCUCCCGCUGCAACCACACCAGCACCUCCAGCUACAACUGCUGAACCAGCACCUACAACAACUGAGGCACCCACUACAACCCAGGCUCCAAUUCCUGCGCCAACUACUACAACUCAAGCUCAGACUACUAAUAACCCCGUUGCAUCACCUACUACUGCUCCUAACGCUGCUCCUACUACUACGAAUAUGCCUGCUGCAACAUCAGACAAAAGCGAUACCUCACCUCCGCCAUUUUCUGUUGACACAACUACAAAUCCUCCCAGUGGGCCCUCUCCAACCGGCGAAGCUAGUUCCGGUGCAUCUUCUUCUGGAACCCUUGCUAAACCUACCAGUGAACCUAAAGCCGAGAAAAAGGAAGAGGAAGGCCCUAACAAAACUGCGAUUAUUGCUGGUUCAGUAGUCGGUGGUGUCGUUGGUAUUGCGUUGAUUGCAGGCUUACUUACAUGUUUGAAUCGUCGUGGUGGAUGUACAAGCCGUACUAGACGAAGAAACAUUCAGCAGGAUUUUGAAGCUCAUGAUAAUGAGUAUGGUAUUAAGAUGACAGAUAGCAAUGCUAUGGGAGUAGGUGCAGGAGCAGGAGUAGGUGCAGCGGCUACGGCAGAGAAUCAAGCUCCGUCAUCACCCUUUCAACACGCACGUCGCUUUGUACCUCCAACUUCUAACCCAACCGGUUACAUGAAUUUGACUGAUGAAGAGUACGGGUAUCACCAACAAAGCGGAAAUGCCGCAGCCUAUCAACCUCAGAAUUAUCAGGAUUAUAACAAUAACGCUUCCACUGCCAGUGAAUAUGAUUAUCAACAGCACUCCCAUCAAGGUGACUAUUCUCAACAGGGAGACUAUGCUACUCAACAAGGAGAUUAUGCUCAACAUGACUAUCGUAAUGAAUAUGGUGUUCAACAAGACUAUGCUCCUCAUCAUGAAUAUCAGCAUGAAGGCAGUGUCGUUGGUGGUGGAAGUGUUGGUGGCGCCGGUUACCAGCAAGGAUAUUAUAAUCAUACGCAACCUGGAUCGAACGUUACAUCCCCCACUCUGGUCAAUGCUGCUCCUAUCAUGGAUAACUACCAUGUACCAUUAAAACCUGAUCAAAUUGACCAAAAGCCCAACGCCAUCUAAACCAAUACAUAUAUAACCCUUCUAGAUUUUCUCUUUCCUCCUUCUUUGUAAAAUUAUCGUCACACGAAACAAUAAACUUUUAAAUUAUUUAAUUUACAAU